CAAAGGAUAAUACUAUUAUGCCAAACGAUUAUUCUGUAAUAGUCAAAACACAGAGAGAAACAGGCACUAGUACUCAGUUGGCCAAUAAUCAAGAUUUUGUCAAGUUCAAAUCUGAAUAUAUGAAGUUAGCUGCUAGAAAGAGUAAUAUUGGAAUUUAUGUCAUUGUUAAGCAAUCAUCUACUUCUCAAAAUAAAUGA